UCGCGCGGGCUGCGGGUCAGCGCGGUUGGGAUGCGCGCGGGCCUGCUUGACAGCGCGGUGUGGCGCGCCUGGCCGAGCACAAAGCUAGGCUCCGGACUUGGGAGCCGGGCCUCCUUCUUGCUGUCACCCUUACUGCGGUCUGCGAGGCUCUUGGUGCCUGCGUCGCCCCAAGAGAGGAGAGGCGCGCAUGAGCUGGCCUCAUAGCCGCGCGCCGCCUCCUUCACCACGGGGCCAUCUGUGCCUUGGCGUCUUAUCUGUAGAAUGCUGUUACUGCAGCGCCUACUCCACGGGGCCGUGUAGGAUUAAUGAUGACUCGGUGCAGGUCAGGUGCUGAGCCGGUAUCUGCAGUUGCGUGAGCGCUCACUAAACAUUAGCUGUUCGCAGCCCCUAAGACAGCAUCUGGUAUACGAUAGUGCUCACUGUUUGUUGCUUAAAUGAGCGAAUGAAAGUCAGACAGGCUAUGAACAGUAUUCUGAGAGACAACCCUCGGGUGGGCAUUUGUCGGUGACAGGGAGGUUUCCCUCUGUUUAUUGUGGCUGCCAAAGCAGGAUACAGCAGCUGAGGUGGUUCAGGCGGGAGAGAUUUACUUUCUCAUAGUUAUGGAGGAUGCAGGGUCAUGGAUGUGGUGUCAUCAAGUCUGCUUGCUGUAGAGGACCGGCCUGGCUUACAGGUGGUCACCCUCUUGCUGUAGCUUCACAUGAUCUUUCCUCUGUGCCACUACACCACUAGCAUUUCUGCUUGUACUCACAUCUGCUUAUGUCAGGACAUCUUUCAGGUUGGAACAGGGCUCAUCUUAAUGGGCUCUUUUUAACCCACUUGCCUUAUUGAAGGUCUGAUCUCUACAGGUAAUCAAGUUCUGAGGAUCUGGAGAAUGCGAUGGAAUACAUAAAGAGGCCAUUUUGGUGACAUGCACUUGUAAUCCCAGUAUUGGGGAGGUGGAAAUAGGUCUCAUGGUCUAGUAUGGACCCUGUUGCUAUUCACAGCUGCCACCUCCUCCAGCAACUGCGAGAGCAGCGGAUCCAAGGCCUGCUUUGUGACUGCAUGCUGGUGGUGAGGGGAGUCUGCUUCAAAGCACACAAGAACGUACUGGCAGCCUUCAGCCAGUACUUCAGGAGCCUUUUUCAGAAUUCUUCCAGCCAGAAGAAUGACGUUUUUCACCUGGAUGUUAAAAACGUGAGCGGCAUAGGGCAGAUCCUGGACUUCAUGUACACGUCGCACCUUGACCUCAAUCAGGACAACAUUCAAGUGAUGCUGGACACAGCGCAGUGUUUGCAAGUACAGAACGUUCUGAAUCUGUGCCACACAUUUCUGAAGUCGGCCUCUGCAGCACAGCUGCCGGGCUUGUCCUGUGCUGGUGCCUUCUCCCUGCAGAGUGUGACUCUGGAUGGCCCCUGUGCGGUAAGUGAGCACUGCCCUCCCCACUCACUGCAGGAGUGCCCUGCGGAAGGCCCACCUGCUAAAGUUCUGCCCGAACUGAGUCCUCAUGCUCCAUCAGCAGGUUUCAGUGGUCCCACAGAAGUCUCCAAACCAGCCCCGGAUGCCGCAGGUGGCAGCUGCCCAGAGCUGCCCUGCAAACAGCCCAACUACUAUUACAAACUCAGAACUUUGUACAGCAAGCAGUACUACAAGCAGACCGCCUGCCCCAGCCGGGUGCCUACCACAGAAGAGCCACUCACUCUCGGGGCCUCCACAGAUGUUGCUGCAGCAGACUCACAGCCUUCCGUGGAGGGCCGUGCAGGUGUCCUGGAGUCUUCAGAGCAAUUGCCUUCCACCUUCCUGGCUCCACCCCUCAGGAACUCUGGCAUGGACUCGGAGGCAGACCCCCUUUCUCAGCCACCUGCCAAGCAGAUGAGGCUGAAGAAGGCCAUGCACCUGAAGAAACUAAACUUCCUUAAGUCACAGCAGUCGGCUGAGCACACUUCACAUCCCGAACCAGAUACUAGCUUGGUCAGGAGGGAGGAAUCUGCUGCUAAGGAAGAUGGGGCCGAGAGAGCCAGAAGCCCGACUCCUGCAGAAAAGGGGAGGGAAGAACAGGGCGCAGAAAGCAGCCACGAGGUGGAGAUUCCGGGAGCCCCGGCCACAUGGGAAGACCCGUCCCAGGGCCUCCAGUCCCAGAAGCAGUACGCAUGUGAAUUGUGUGGGAAGCCUUUUAAACACCCGAGCAAUCUGGAGCUGCACAAACGGUCCCAUACAGGUGAGAAACCUUUUGAGUGUAACAUUUGUGGGAAACACUUCUCUCAGGCAGGCAACCUCCAGACUCACUUACGCCGGCACUCUGGGGAGAAGCCAUACAUCUGUGAAAUCUGUGGAAAGAGGUUUGCGGCCUCUGGUGAUGUCCAGCGCCACAUCAUCAUUCACUCUGGAGAGAAGCCACACUUGUGUGACACAUGCGGCCGAGGGUUCAGCAAUUUCAGCAAUUUGAAGGAGCACAAGAAGACGCACACAGCUGACAAGGUGUUCACCUGCGAUGAGUGUGGGAAGUCCUUCAACAUGCAGAGGAAGCUGGUGAAGCACCGUGUGCGGCACACGGGUGAGCGGCCCUACAGCUGCCCUGCCUGUGGGAAGUGCUUUGGGGGCUCAGGAGACCUGCGCAGGCACGUCCGAACUCACACUGGGGAAAAGCCCUACAGCUGUGAGAUCUGCAGCAAGUGCUUUACGCGCUCCGCGGUGCUGCGUCGGCACAAGAAGAUGCACGGCCGAGCCGAUGCCAGGAGCCCAGCUGCGCUGGAUGAGCUGAGCCAGGCCAUCGAGACCUCUGACCUGGAGAGGUCUCAGAGCUCCGACUCCUUCUCCCAGGACGUGUCCGUCACACUGAUGCCCGUGUCUGUCAAACUCCCUGGGCACCCAGUGGAAAGUUCUGUGGCAGCAUUCGAUGGUCACUGCACUGGUUCCUACUGUAAGUUACGCUCCAUGCUCCACCCUCCUAGCAUGAGUGACCAAGAAAAACUGGGCCUGGAUCCUGCCAAGCUGGCCAAGCCCCAGGAGCUGCAGAACCAGCCCCAUGCCUAUGCUUAUUCGGAUGUGGACGCCUCAGCAGGUGCUGAGCAGUCACAGGCUGAUGGCAUGGCUGUGACCCGCUCUUCCUUGGCCACGCUGGACAACCACUGCACUGAGCCACUGGGCAGCCGGGCAUCUUCAGUGACUUACAGGAACUCUGAGGGACAGUUUUUCUCUAGUAUGACCCUCUGGGGGCUGGCAAUGAAGACCCUGCAGAAUGAACAUGAGCUAGAGCAGUGAUGUGCCAUCUCAUAACACUGGAGAGAGGCACCCUGCCCAGGACAGCCCCCUGCAGCUCUGGAGACCAGUUAGAUGGUUUCCCUCCCAGUGGCUGCUGGGAACUCCAUGGAUGGGCCCAGGAGUUGCUAGCCCCCUGCUGGUCCCAGGGGCAAAUGGUGUGGGGAAGUCUCCACAGCAGCCUGGGUCCUAGGGUAUGGGACUAGCUGAUGUACAUCGGUGUGGCAGUGCACCUUACGUCAGCUGCUGUACAUUUUCGUCCUGUUAAAUGUCAUAUGUAUACAUAAAAAUACAGAUUUUAUUUUUACAUUUUUAUAAGAGAAAUUUUUAGCAUCUUAUAUUUUUAAAUAUUUAUACAGAUUCUAUUUGUAUAAUGAACUUGUAAUAUAAUUUGAAUAAAUGAGCUUUCUUUUCUAUAUA